CUUGUGUCUACUUGCACACAGCUCAUUCUUGUUAAGUAUUAUCUAUGAUAAGAACUGCUCUAAUUUUCAUAAUAUAAUAUUAAGUCAGAAAAUAUGAAAGUGUGGAUGAUUGUAGUCUGCAGUUUUGUUAUACAUGUCGACAACGUGUUCAGUCAGUAUAUAACUUGGGACAGUAAUGAUGAGAAAGAUUUAUCUGGAUGUCCGCAUCAACUUGCCAUUGCUCAAAAGGAAUUACAUCGCGUGGAGAAAAAGGUUGACGAUAUAAAUGAACGUCUUGAUCGAGUGGAGACAAGAAGGGCGGAAGGACCACGGGGGCUGCCUGGUUUACCGGGAGAGCCUGGACUCAGUGGACUACAAGGGCCGAAGGGAGACACAGGGGCGGAUGGACGACCAGGACUCCCGGGAUUAUACGGAAUGAAAGGAGAGCCUGGAGUACCCGGUGUAAAGGGAGAUGGCGGGAACUGUACAGGAUCCUGAGCUGAUAUCUGAACUUGAUCGGACUGACAUCAGACAUCAAAUAUCUUUUUUAUCCAUUUGCUUUUUUCAAAGGAAAGAGAAACGGUUUCACCAUUUGCUUUGAAUUCCUCACAAACUCUUAAGGAGAAAUGAAUAUAUGUAUAAUAAAACAACAAAUAUGUGCAUUUUAACAGAG